CAUUCGGCUGCUAGAUAAGAACUUCGACCAGGGAGAUGCAGCAUGCCUCAUUGAGUUGACGAGGGCCUGGUCUAAGUUGACACACAAGGCUUGGCGCGAAUUAAGAACACUCUUCGGGUAACAUAAGAAAGUAAAUAGCGAGAUCAACAGAAAACACGCAAACUAAUGGGCCAGGACAUGGCGACAGAGCCAUGUCUCUGUGUUGAGGUCCUAUUUCAACUGCCCAGCGCGUUUUGGGCGUCCUUAAUUUCCAUGAAGAAGGAGGAUUUUACCGUGGACAAGGUCGAGGGUGCUGAGACCCUUCUGGAGGCGUGCGUCAAUGACGCGAAUAUGGAUGACAUUGAGAGUUUGGACCCAGCGCAUCAUGCAUGCUUUGAGGACAUUGGCAGCUCUGUACAGACGUCAGUCGUGUUCCCUCGAAGUAUGGAAGGGAUUGAAGAAGAGGGUUUUAGAAGGGUAACCCUAACCAAUGAUAUGUGGGUGGUGGAUACGUGGGCAGGCCAACCUAUACUACCGGACCGAGACUGGUUUACAGGGAGCUUACAUCCUGGACAACACCAUGUCUUUGCAUACGGUAACCGUUUUGCAUAG